GUGGUCAACUGGUCUUCUAGAUCUAUUAAACUAGCUAUGAUAUUUAGGUCCUAUUCCUGUAGCCUAUAGAAUGACAGGAGCCCAUUAAGGAUAAUAAUAAUAAUGGAUAUUGCAAUGCAGUCUCUCAGCCUGCAGGUUGAAGGACCACCCGAUAUAAUAAACUCGAGCAAAGACGAGUGGUGGACGGAACCUCCCCCGAAUGUUGUCACAGGAAAAAAAUAUUUUAAAGAAGCCUGGGAUCGUAGAAAGGAAGAAAUUUUAUUUCCAUUUGUGCUUGAGCCUCAUUGGCCAUGGAAACAAUAUAAUUGGUUUGAAGAGCUAGAUCCAGUUAUGCCGCGUAAUUUUACUCAGCCUGAGACAAUCACCAUUGAUAACUAUUCCUUCUUGAUCCAUGUCACGCACAACAAGGAGUUUCAAAUGAUAACUAGAUCUAGACCCAAUGUUUACACACUAAGGGCUCAAAGAAAGGUUGGCAAAAAUGGGUAUAAAAAAUAUGAUGGGACACCUGUUGGUCACAGUUUUGUUGCAAUUAAGGAUGAAAUACCAAAUGACCAGAGCAAGUAUCGCUACAUUAGUUCAGGGGAAAAUCUUUUGCCAGGAAAAUAUAUCUGGUGGUCUGUUUACAUUGAGAAUCCUCCACAAGCACCCUACAGUUGCAGACCCAGUACCCCAUUCACUAGUCCUCAUGAUUCUCCUUAUGGCAAGAAUAUGAUUUAUGGACAAUUUGAAGAUGUACUUGCAACUUAUCAAGCCAGUUUCCCACUUGAUCACAAUGGUCAGUAUCCUACAAUUGAGCUACGAGUUGGAGGAACACUACGUUACAAGUUUGAAGUGUGCUAUGUUAUCAUUCUAUGUAAAAGUGGAGUAAAAGAAUUGGAGCAAUACCCAAUGUGGGAGGAAGGAAGAAACAAGAUUAAGUUUGACAAAACUAAUAAUAUUGUUAGGAUUAUAGAUCCAAUCAAUAUUAGACUGAAUAGCAGCAUAAAAUCAAGCUAUGGUACUAAUUGCUCUUGGGAUCAUUUUGUGUUUGCUUUAUACUUUGAUGGUGAUGAAGAAAUGAUUUGCCACGAGGAAAUUUUCGAUCACCAACUUAUAAACCAUUCUAAAUGCUUAAAAAAAAAGCCUCCUGGAGCUUACAAAAAAUUUGUAUGCCCUGAUAAGCUGAGCUAAAUGGAAGCUUGUUAGCAAAGAGCAAAGUUGUAUUUAUCACUAUAAUUAUUACGCAUAAUUAUACACUCUAUUUUUUUAACUCUUACUAAUUUUGUUUGCUUUUAGACACAGUCACAUAGAUCUAUUAUUUUGUUAAAAUAAUUUUAAUUACAUGUACCAUCAUUGUCGCUAUCCUGUGUGGUAAAAAGAUCAGUUGGUAA